AUGACACGUUAUCUUGUUACGGGUGUUGACGGAAAUUUGGGAAGCAGGGUUGCAAAGAAUAUGCUUAGGGCUGUUUCUGGAUCUCAGCUGGUGUUCAGUACUCCUUUCCCAGAAAAAAUUGAUGAGGCUAAGAGGGAGGAGUGGAAGGCUGAGGGAGUUACCUUGAUAAAGAUGGAUUAUAGAGACAGAGCCCAGAUCACCAAAAGCUUUGUUGAUAACAAAGUUGACCGUGUUUGGAUGGUUUGUGGAACAUACAUUGGACUACCAAGACAGAUCCAGCAUAGAAAUAUGUUUGACGCUGCCGUGGAUGCCCAUAUUAAACAUAUUACCUACACAUCGCAGGUGGGUGCAAAUCGUCAAGGAUAUGACCAGUAUGUCAUGCCAGAUCAUACAUUCAGUGAGGCUUAUCUCAAGCUCUCUGGCCUUAACUACAAUAUAAUGAGAAACAAUCUUUUCUUGGAGAACUCCUUUAUCAAUGCUAUCAAAUUGGCAAUGAGUUCAGACUUGGAAUGGGUUACAAAUGCAGGUGAGGGUAAAGCAAACUUUGUUGCCAAAGACGAUAGUGCAAGAUGUGCAGCCGCCCUACUUCUCGGUAAAGGAGAACCAAACACUGCUUAUGAUCUUUGUGGAAAACUUAUUAACGAGAAGGAAAUUUGUGAAUUGAUUGCUUCAUACUCAGGAAUCCCAUUCACAUUCAAGAAAGUGGAUGACGAAGAAUUCUACGAUUAUCUUGAUGCCAGAGGACUUCAUCGUUCAAGUGAAGUUUACACCUCAGGUUCUCCUUUAAUGUGGUGUAGUAAUGACUUGGUUACAAAUGAAGGUUCUAUUGGAAAGGGCUUGAUGGCUGUGAAAUCCGAUGCCAUUAAAAAGCUUACUGGUCGUGAACCUACUGACCCUAAGGAGCUUCUUGAGCCAUGCUCUUUUGCUUGGAGAGGAUCGGAUGCAGACAAAAAAUACAAUCAUAAAUAG